GACGAAGAUUUCAGUUCGCUUCAGGCCGCGAAGCGAAACUCGCUGCUCACACUUUACUUUCUGAAAACAAACCGAACACGCUGCGCCUGUCACACUCGUGUUUGUCCGAGCUAACUGCGACGGGAAUCAGCGUUUCAGCUCCACGAUGUCCGGAAACGGCCACGGUCACGGACAGGGACACAGCUGCGGGUGCAAGGGUGAGCACGAGCCCGCGGAGAGGGGCCUGGAGUACGGACUCUACCGGCGGAUCGACCUGGAGAAGCUGCAGUGUCUGAACGAGAGCAGAGACGGGGACGGGAAGCUGGUGUUCAAACCGUGGGACCGGCGGCACGAGCGGGACAAGUACGUGGAGAGCGACGCAGAUGAAGAGCUGCUGUUCAACAUCCCUUUUACCGGCAGCGUGAAGCUGAAAGGUAUCAUCAUCUCUGGAGAAGAUGACGACUCUCAUCCAGCUGAGAUUCGACUGUACAAGAACAUCCCUCAGAUGUCGUUCGACGACACCGGCAGAGAACCUGAACAAGCCUUCAGACUCAACAGAGACCCCGCUGCUGAGCUCGAGUACCCGACAAAGAUUGCUCGUUUUUCCAACGUUAACCACCUCUCCAUCCACGUGUCAAAGAACUUUGGAGAAGAGAGCACCAGAGUUUACUACAUCGGUCUGAGAGGAGAAUACUCAGAGGCUCACAGACACGAAGUGACGAUCUGUAACUACGAGGCCGCAGCGAACCCUGCGGAUCACAAAGUGGAGAGCAUCAUCCCACAAACCAAUUUCAUUUCCUGAAGAAGCUUCAGAGAGUCGGGAGGAAGAGGAGAGGGACGAGGGGCGGUUUCUGCUGACUGUCACUGACACAAAAAGGUCAAAGAUGAGUUCAACGCUGCGUGGCUGCAGGUUGGUUGAGCUCGACCCGGACUGAGCACCGAAAUCUGAAGAGCAGAGAGCUUUAGACGCGUCUGGAAUGCCGAGUUGUUGCUCUGUUUCUACGGCAAUAAAGAGUGAAGGCUGAAUGUGGGCAAAAAGCUUAAUAAUAAAUGCAUGAAUUGACACUCAGAUAAAGUCUGUUAGCAGUUUAACCAGUAUACUCUGAUUAAUGUCUAAUUAUCCACCACUUCAAUACGCCACUAAAUAAAACACAGACAGCUGGAAAUAAACCAAGUGAUGGAACUUUUUGAUUAA